AUGGGGACGCGUACCGGCCGGGUCAAAGCUGAAUCCAAUCCAUACGCGCCGCCCGCUCAAAUCUCCUAUUCCUCCUCCGAUCCCCUCAUCCCCCCGCGGCUCGAUCCCUUCACCUCAUCGGGGCACUCAUCGACGACGGUAGCCUCCUCGUUUCCGCACCUACCGACGAUGUCGUCCCACGCGCCGAUCCAGAGCCCCAAGGCCGCCGUGGACUCCCUCGCCGCCAUCCUCGGCGGCGCGCUCCCGGGCUCCCUCGCAUCCGCCGACGACCCCGCAGCCGCGCUGCUCCACGACGACGGCGUCGCCCGCGCCGUCGCCUCGCGCCUCCGCCGCGCGGGCUCGGGGGGCGGGGACGACGGCCUCUGCGGCUGGCUCUACGACGCCUUCCAGUCCAGCGUCCCGGCGCUCAAGCUCGCGGUGCUGCGGUUCGUGCCGACCCUCGCGGGCGUCUACAUGUCCCGUGCCGUCUCCCGGAAGCCGCUCGCCGGGUUCGAGGCCGUGAUCCUCGCGCUCUACAUGCACGCCGUGGCGCAGCGGGGAUCCUCCGCCGAGGAGCCCGAGACCGUCGCGCUCCCCAACCUGGCCAACCCCAGCGUGUACCACGCGGCGGCGGCGGCCGCUUCCAAGACCGCCAAGGCCGCGGAGCCCGAAGUCGCCGUGCUCUCCCCCGCGCUGGAGCCGCACGGCACCGUGCGCGCCACGCGCCGCGCCCGCAUCGUCGGCGCCGUGCUCGAGCUCUACCACGGCAAGCUCGCGCUCAUGCCGUUCUCCUCCAAGAUGGACUUCUGCGAGUUCUGCGUCGCGUGGUCGGGGAAGCACAACAGCAGCAACGACAAGCCGCGCGUCGCGUCCGCGCCCGCGCCCGCCGCCGAGGGCGUGGAGGAGAAGUGGCGGAGGGUGCCGCUGCCGUGGGAGCUGUUCCAGCCGGCGCUGCGGAUCGUGGGGCACUGCCUGCUGGGUCCCAACAACUCCGACGAGCUGAAGACGCAGGCCACCCGUGCGGCGCAGUGCCUCUACCUGAGGGCCACGGAGACCAUGGACGCGCGUGCGGUGCUGGCCUGCAGGAGCCUCAUCAGGCUGUCGCAGAUGGUGGAGGAGCCCAUCCCCGAGCCGUCCUUCUCCGAGGCCGUCCAGGCCAACAUGGCAGAACUGGAGGCCAUGAGGGCUAACAUACUUAGCGCCAAGAACUGACCGCCGAUCAUCAAGAUUGAACACCAAAAGCAAUUCGAUUAGC